CUCUGCUUUUCCCACCUAAACUAGUUCUCUGCACUUCUCUUCUUUAGAUGCAAAACCACCUCCACUGGUUGCGCGAUUCUUAACGUGCACCCUUCUCAAUAGUCUUUCGAGAUCCCACUCCUCCUUUUACCCGUUUAUUCAAAAAAUCCGUUCGUGCAUCUCUUCGCACAUAUAAGUGCGCUUUCCGUACAUUUCGACACAUUAUCUAUCCCUUGCUUUGCUGCAUUUGGGAAGAAGAGACAUAACGAUUAUUGGCAAUCUUUCAAUCAUGAAGAUUUCUUGUUGGAUUUUCUUUAUUUCGCUUAUUCUCUGUCUUUUCGCAUCCGGGUCUGUCUCAAUUGACAAUUUUCAGCAAGCGUUUCCAAUUAUUGAACCUGAUCCUGGUCAUACAAAGCUUCGGCUUGCAAGCGGUGGCUUGGAAGCCAUCAGACGAAUAACAACACCAAUAGCUGCAGUUGCUGUUAUUGGUCCAUACCGCUCUGGAAAAUCAUUUUUGCUUAAUCAGCUUCUUUCCCUUUCUUGUUAUGAAGGUUUUGGAGUUGGACAUAUGCGUGACACGAAGACAAAAGGGAUUUGGGUUUGGGGAACUCCACUAGAAUUGGAUAUUGAUGGAGUUAAAACUUCUGUGUUUUACCUUGAUACAGAGGGAUUUGAAAGUGUUGGAAAGUCAAAUGUAUAUGAUGACCGGAUAUUUGCUCUGGCAACUGUUUUGAGUUCUGUACUCAUUUAUAAUCUACCUGAGACGAUCCGAGAAGCUGACAUAUCCCGCCUGUCAUUUGCAGUCGAGCUUGCUGAAGAAUUUUAUGGAAGGUUUGCACUUCUUUGAGUUCACCUUCAUAUCUGUUUAAUGAAUAAAAUUUGUAAACUGGAAAAGCAAUUUGCGUUGUUUUAUGCGUUGGCUGACAAAUACAUGGAAAAUAGAGUUAAGGGCCAAGAUGUUGCUUUUGAACCUGCAAAACUACUGUGGCUUAUCCAGCGGGAUUUUCUGCAAGGGAAAUCAGUGCAAGAAAUGGUGAAUGAAGCCCUUCAACGUGUCCCUAACAGUGAUGGGGACAAAAAUAUUGAUCAAGUUAACCAGAUUCGAGAAUCACUUGCUAUUAUGGGUGAUAACAGCACAGCUUUUAGCUUGCCACAGCCUCAUCUCCAGCGAACAAAGCUUUGCGACAUGAAAGAUGUUGAGCUUGACCCAGCAUAUGUUAAAAGAAGGGAGCAAUUGAAGGAGCUUGUUGUUAGCAUUGUUCGCCCAAAGAUUGUGCAGGGAAAACUUCUAAAUGGACAAGAGUUUGUAACUUUCCUGGAGCAGAUACUUGAAGCCUUGAAUAAAGGGGAGAUUCCAUCAACAGGAUCUCUCGUGGAGGUUUUCAACAAAGGUAUCCUUGAGCGAUGUUUGAAGCUAUACAGUGAAACAAUGGCAAAAUUAAGGUUACCACUCCCAGAGCAAUCUCUGCUAGAUGCCCAUGAAAGGUCUAGAGGGGAAGCAAUGAAAUCUUUUGAUGAACAGCAUUUUGGCCGUAACCAUGCAAAGAGAUCUGUCAUGCAACUGGAAGAGGAAAUAGAGAAGGCAUAUAAAAAUGUCAUGAUGGCGAAUGACUAUAAAUCAGCAAAACUCUGUGAGGCAUUGUAUGUUAGAUGUGAGGACAAAAUGGACCAACUUCAAGUUCUUAGACUUCCUUCCAUGGCAAAGUUCAAUGCUGGUUUUCUGCAAUGCAACCAAAGUUUUGAGCGGGAGUGUGUUGGACCCUCAAAAGCAAACUAUGAGCAACGCAUGAUGAAGAUGUUGGGGAAGUCAAAGUCUCUGUUUAUAAAAGAAUACAACCAAAGGCUCUUCAAUUGGUUGGUGGCCUUCUCCCUUGUUAUGGUGGUAGUGGGCCGGUUUAUUAUAAAGUUCAUUUUGAUAGAAAUGGGCGCAUGGAUACUUUUUAUCUUCUUGGAGACGUACACAAGGAUGUUCUGGUCUGCAGAAUCUCUCUAUUAUAAUCCGGUUUGGCAUUUUAUCGUAGCAACUUGGGAAACUCUUGUCUACAGCCCUAUCCUUGAUUUGGACAGGUGGGCAGUACCAAUUGGUUUUAUAUUGUCAAUUUUGGUGAUUUAUUGGCGUUGUUAUGGCAAAAGGAAACAUGGGUCUCGUUGGCUGUUACCGCUAUACAACAAUGGUAAAGGUGGACCUAAUAGGCCGAGAUCAGACUGAAUGAUUUUUUACUGUAUGCCUUGAAUUUUGGCAUACUUUUCCUCGACCAUAUAAUCGGUGAGCUUUCCAUUUUUUUUUCAUAUAUGAAGCCUGCCAUUCUAAUUUUGGUUUCUCCAUGGUCAUUUGAAUCUGAAAUGGAGAAGAGGUGGAGGAUGUGAUGAAUUGCCCGGCAUUGCUGAUAUCUUUUGUAACUCUAGCAUUUCCUGAUUGUUUAUAUCUGUGUAAACUCUUGAUUACUUGGAAAUGUCUAUUAUUUCACAGGUUUAGAUAUUCUAUAAAUAUUAUAAAUACAGUUUUAUUAAGUCACA